GAUGGAUAAGUACAUUUUGCCAAGACGUAACUAGACGGUUCCGGAAUCAGAUACCAGGGGUAAUUAUUUCCAGCCUAAUUAUAAGUAAGUGUGGAGUUCCAGACCCGAGCAUACGUGAGAAAUUUAUUUAUGGCUUCUUCAACACAAGAUCGCGAGGACAUGGAUGAUACUGGCUUCAUUGCACUCUCUACUCGUCUACGUCGGCGCAUAGAUAAUGCAUUCGAUAGCGCUGCUGCAAGCGCGUCAGGACCAUCAAAUCUGCCUCGAAAGAAGCGUAAGCUUGACUCAGCUCAGCCCACUAGAUUCGCUCCUGUGGAAGACGUAUCACCAGGAGGAUUCUUGAUAGAGGAUGCAGGAGGUUUUAUACUUGAUGACCGCACUCCGUCUCCAUCUCCGGAUCCAGUCUCCAUAUCACUUUCAUCUGUCCCAGCUGCGCUCCAACGUCUUGGCCUCCCUCCAGAUGAUGAAGAGGUUCUUUCUGUGUUUCAAAAUGCUGCGUCAGGCUGGGGAGCAGGCUUGGACGGAUCGAGUGAAGUCAACCGGAAGGAGUGGCGAGCUGUAUGUGCUGCUCUCCUAGAGGCAGAAGAUGGGGAAGAGAGUGAUGAUGGCAGGCCUGCUUCUGUUCAUUCCGAAACGGCAGCACUCAGUGGCCAAGAGGAAGAUGGUGGCCCGGACAGUGACGAAUAUCGCAUGUCCGUCGAUGAGGACGCCAGUGAACCAGAAGCAUCUGAUGAGGAAUCUCAAGAUGACGGACCUGCUGUUUCCAGAUCGCACAAACCCCGAAACUCAUCCGAGUCAGCGAUCACCGACGCAAGACUUGGUGCUGGUCAAUUGAGCGCGAAACAAAAGGCCGAAUGUCGAGAAGACUUCGCGAGGUUCUUUCCUGAUGUGCCUGACACUGAGCUGGACCGUCAGAAGAUCAUGAUCAAAGAUAUCACCCGCGUUGCAAAUGUGCUCAAGGAGAAGAUCAAGGCUGAGGAAAUUAUUGAAAUGCUGGAGGCAUUCACCAGUUCACCAGAUAAAUCCAUAAGUCUUCAAGACUUUGAAAGAAUGAUGAUAGCAACAAAGCUCAUAAGGUAUGGGCAAUAA